UCGGUGUCUUUUUGAUCUGUCAUCAAUGAAUCCGUCAGUGACGUCAUUCUAUUUCCUUUUUGUGCGGGAAGUCGAGAGAAGCUGCUGAUCAGGCGGAUCCGUGUCUGCUCUGCAUCCUCCUUCUCUUCCUCUUCUCUCCAUCCUCUUCCUCUUCUCUCUCCUCUUCCUCCUCUUCUCUCCUCCUCUUCUCUCCUCCUCCUCCUCCUCCUCUUCUCUCCUCUCCUCCUCCUCCGCGAUGCUUCCUCCCGCCUGACGGGCCCCGGUGCUCUGUGAGCGGCCGGACUCUCGGUCAUGGAGCAGAAACCCCGGAACGGCGACAUGUUCCCCGCAGCGCAGAGCGACCAGAAGAGGCUGAAGGUCGGCUUCGUGGGGCUGGAGGCCGGAGGCAGCGAGUCCAGAGACGGAGCCCUGCUCAUAUCAGGUGCAGAGGACGGACCUCGGCGGCAGCGCAGCGUCUCCGGGGGAAAGAAACCUCCGAAACGAAAUGCUCUCUACAGACGACUGCAGAACUUCCUGUACAACGUCCUGGAGAGGCCUCGAGGAUGGGCCUUCAUCUACCACGCCUACGUGUUCCUGCUGGUGUUCUCCUGUCUGGUUCUGUCUGUGUUCUCCACCAUCAAAGAGUACGAGAAGAGUUCAGAGGACGCUCUCUACAUCCUGGAGGUGGUGACCAUCGUGGUGUUCGGGGUGGAGUACAUGGUGAGGAUCUGGGCUGCAGGUUGCUGCUGUCGGUUCAGAGGAUGGAGAGGACGACUCAAGUUCGCCAGGAAACCCUUUUGUGUCAUCGACGUGAUGGUGUUGAUAGCGUCCAUCUCCGUCCUGGCGGCGGGGACGCAGGGGAACGUCUUCGCCACGUCAGCCAUUCGUUCUCUUCGGUUCCUUCAGAUCCUGAGGAUGAUCCGUAUGGACCGACGAGGAGGAACCUGGAAACUGCUCGGAUCAGUGGUGUACGCCCACAGCAAGGAGCUGAUCACAGCCUGGUACAUCGGCUUCCUGUGUCUCAUUCUGGCCAGUUUCCUCGUUUAUUUGGCAGAAAAAGAAGAUAACGAACAGUUUGAGACGUACGCCGACGCCCUCUGGUGGGGACUGAUCACACUGACCACCAUCGGUUAUGGAGAUAAGUUCCCCAUCACCUGGAAUGGACGUCUCCUGGCUGCGACCUUCACUCUGAUCGGAGUCUCUUUCUUUGCUCUGCCCGCUGGGAUCCUGGGUUCCGGUUUUGCUCUGAAGGUCCAGGAGCAGCACCGACAGAAGCACUUUGAGAAGAGACGCAACCCAGCAGCCGGACUCAUCCAGGCGGCGUGGAGAGUCUACGCCACGAAUCUGAGCCGAACUGAUCUGUCUUCCACCUGGGACUAUUACGAGAGGACGGUGUCUGUCCCCAUGUACAGGUUGAUUCCUCCUCUCAAUCAGUUGGAUUUACUGAGGAACCUCAAGAACAAAUCAGGACUCUCAUUCAGGAAGGACGUCCAGCCUGAACCAUCUCCCAGUCAGAAGGUCAGUCUGAAGGAGCGGGUCUUCUCAUCCCCCCGCAGCUCAGGAACCAAAGGGAAAGGUUCCCCCCAGCAUGUGGUUCCUACAGUCGGCCCCGGUGUUGCUCCUAGUGUGGGUCCUAGUCCUGGUGGGGGUCCUGGAGUUCCUGGAGGUCCUGGUGGUCCAGGGGGGAUCCAGGCCCUGCGACGCUCCCCCAGCACGGAGCCUUGUCUGGAGGAGAGUCCCAGCAAGGUUCCAAAGAGCUGGAGCUUCGGAGAACGCAGCAGAACCCGACAGGCCUUCAGGAUCCGAGGAGCGGCUUCACGCCAAAACUCUGAAGUGCUCAUUGAGAUGCAGGAUGAAGAGUUCAGACGGAAGAGCUCCCCAGACGCCAGCCUGCCAGGAGAAGACAUGGCUGACGACAACAAGAGCUGCCACUGUGAGUUUGUGCCCCAGGAUCUGACCCGGGGGUUAAAGGUCGCCAUCAGAGGCAUCUGCAUCAUGCGUUUCAUGGUGUCCAAGAGGAAGUUUAAGGAGAGUCUUCGUCCAUAUGACGUCAUGGACGUGAUCGAGCAGUAUUCAGCCGGUCACCUGGACAUGCUUGCCCGCAUCAAGAACCUCCAGUCCAGAGUGGAUCAGAUUGUUGGCAGAGGAACACCAACUGCAGACAAAGACCGUCCCAAAGCAGCCAAUGAGGAGCUUCCUGAGGAUCCAAGCAUGAUGGGACGGUUGGGGAAGGUGGAGAAGCAGGUGCUGUCCAUGGAGAGAAAGUUGGACUUCCUGGUGAACAUCUACAUCCAGCGAAUGGGAAUCCCUCAGGCUGAGACCGACGCCUACUUUGGAUCCAAGGAGCCAGACCCAGCUCCGCCCUACCACAGUCCAGUGGAUCAGCUGGAGAAGAGCCAGUCUGUCCCCAAGAUCCUGCAGGUGCUGCCUAGCGACCAAGUGGAGAAGACUCGUCAUGUGACCAAGAUGGUUCGCUCCAGCAGCUCCACGGGUCACAGACACUACAAAACCCCCACAUGCCCUCCCUCCACCUCCUGGCAGCCAAUCAGCUCCCACCUCCCUCAACAUGCCCCACCCCCUCAUCAGCGUAGCCACGGCAACACACCAAGUCCAGUGGGAGGCGGGUCACUGGUUCGACUCCCACCUCCUCCGGCCGGAGAGAGACAUGGAGGCAAGCGGUCCAACCGGCAGAGCACGGGAGAGCGAGGGGGGGCGGAGAGGGGAGGGGAGGGGACCAAUGGGACGGAGGGGGGAGGAGGGGAGGUGAAGCUGGAAAGUGAUGCGUCCGUCUCCAUCCCGUCCGUGGACCACGAGGAGCUGGAACGUUCCUUCAGUGGGUUCUCCAUCUCUCAGUCCAGAGAGAACCUGGACUUCCUCAACAGCUUCUGCUCCUCCGACCUGGACCGGCGAGGAGGUGGAGGCCCCGCCCUCUGCCCCGCCCUCCGCCCCUGCAUUGCUGAGGGCGAGUCAGACUCCGACUCUGAGCUCUGUGCCCCCUCACCACACUCGGACCAGGCCUAGACCAGGUCUAGACCGGAACCAGGUGGAGCUGAAGGUGAACCAGGGAAGAACCAGCAGAAAACUAAAGAGCCUCGAGAAUGUGAAUGAAACGUCAGAGACAUUAACACCAGCUGAGAGUGAAGCAUCAUGGGAAAAGAAGACGUCCCUGUUUUUUCUUGCACUGAUUGGUUCACUGCUGUGACAGAUUAACUAUAAUUAGAAGAUUAUUGAUCAAUUUUCAAACGUUUUCAAACUGGAACUGAACAAUAUCUGACACGUCACCAUGACAAUAUCUGACUGUUGUUGACUUCCAGUGUAAAGAACUCAAACAGGUUCAGUGAUUGUUAUAUUUUAUAUUGAAUUCAGUCACUGACUCACAGAUUCAUGGAUACGUUCUCGUCACUGUGACACCUUGUUUUCUAUAUCAUGGAUUUGUCGUACAUGCUAACGGACUGAGGCUAAUGAAGCGUGAACCUCGUUCUCUGCUUACGGUUCUACGCUGUCAGGGGGAGGGGCUUUAAAUUAUGUUUGUGAACAACACGAGUCAUGUCAUAAAAACAAGAAUAUAAACAAUGUAAUCAUCAAACUUUCAUUGCUUUAUUAUCGUUAAUCUCAACAGGAACGUUUAUAUAAUACUGAAAAUGUUUCUGAGUCACUUACUGAGUCUGUCCAGCAGGGGGCAGUCAGUGUGCUCAGUCGCUUGCAGGAAGCUGAUAAGCUUACCAAAAUAAAAUUCUAUUGUAUUUAACUUUCUGAGCUCGGGGUGAAGAGUGGAAACAAUGUUCCUGAGGGGGGCGCUACAGGUGUAAUUAAUCUAUCCCCUGAAACAGCAGCUCUCCUUUGAUUGGCUGACAGAAGAGACCUGCUUUAUGCUCAUUAAUAUGAACGUAGAACGCUUUAUUUACUGUUUCCAUGGAAACAUUUCAUCACUACCAAUAAAGAAAAGACACUUUUCUAGUUUUUACAGAAAAUACUCGUUUAUUUUCUGGUUUAAUGUUCAAACGUCACGAUGUUAUCUCAAGUUGUUUUAAUGAUUGAUUACGAUCAGUUUAUAUGAAAACUGUUUGUUUGUUAAAAUGUCGUCAGUUUGAAAAACAAUAAAAAAACUAACCUA